UGUUGCUGCAUGCACUACACCUACUCGACUCUUCCAUCCCUUGCCACGCCACGCCAUAUCCUCUCUCCCCUUCCCCAUGACAUCGUCCGGCCGUAUCGAAGCAGAAGUGUGUGCGAGCAAGACACGGGUAAAAUGGCCGAGUCGCGCGCAGACAUGCACUCCAUCCACCUUCCCGACAUCCGCGGCGGCCAGCAGACCCGCGACCUGAACGUCCUCUUCGCCUCCCUCGGCUGUCCCGAGUCGAGAAUCGUCACCGAUCUCCUUCCCCGCCUCGCAAACCUCCCCGACGUCUCCCUGCGCACCGUUCUCGACCCCUCCUUCUCCGGCGCCGACUUGGUUCGCGCCAGCUCCCACGCCCUCACCAUCACCAAUGCCGUCCACGGCACUGCCACGCGCGGCAUGUGCCUUGCCGCCGCCGACAUGCACAACGAGGCUGCCGAGCUGUGCGAGUGGGCGAACCUCCUCGUCCUGUCCCCCAUCGAUGCCGGCAAUCUAGCCAAAAUGCUGCAUGGCCACACCGACAACCUCGUCCUCGAGAUUCUGCGGAGUUGGGACGUGAGCAAAAAGAUCCUGCUCGUGCCAGGCAUGUCGACGCUGAUGUGGGAGAACCCAAUGACCAAGAAGCAGCUGGCGAAGAUACGCAAGAAGUGGAAUUGGGUGCAGCUCAUCCAACCCAUCCUGUGGACCUUUGUGGGCGAGGAGAGAAAGGUGGCGUCGUGGGAGGCGGCAGAAGAUCUCGUUGAUGUCGUCCGCAAUCAAGUGGAUCUGAUGAACAUCGGGCAAGACAUUCACGUCUCGCCGUCUCAGCGCGCCGUUUAUGGCACGCUGGGACCACGCCGGCGUUCGCAUGGGGACAUCCUGCCCCCCGAACUCUGGACCAUGAUCUUCGACUUCACCGGCGAUUGGGAACUCGCAGAGACCCUACACAUCUUCACCAACUUGCCACCGCCUGCCGACUGGACGGCCCACACCAACUCUCAGCGCACGCUGAGCUAUAUGGAGAAUCUCGAAUUGACCAUUCUCAAGGGGAAUCUGGCAGAUGUCAAAGGUUUCAUCGCGACUCACAGCGUCCCGCGCUGGAUUUCCAGGCUCUGCAUCAAGUUAAUCAUGCGCUUUGCAAACGUUCCUCUCCUCGCACACCUUGAAGCCAAUCACAAAACCCUAUUUUGGGAAACAUUUGGGCACACCUUCCUCCCCGACAAAGCGUCUGCAGUCUUCGGUCGGACGGAAAUAUUGGAGUUUUGGCGAACUUCGCCUUCCUUCUUGACCAAGGAAUACACCAGCGAGGCGCUGGACGGUGCUUCGCGCCUCGGCUUCGUCAAUGUUCUGGAGUGGUGGCGCGGAUCCGGGCUGCCGCUGAAGUUCACCGAAGCCGCACUGGAGCAAGCCAGCAGCCAAGGCCACCUGCAUGUGUUGGAAUGGUGGAAGAGUUUGUCCACCUCGGUCGACGACAUCCGCACAGGCAUCGACGGUGCCAACAAGAUCCGCCUCAAGCCCGGCAAAAGCAUCUGCUACGCCACGCAGAACGGCCACACCGAUGUCGUACGAUGGUGGAUGCAAUGCGGCAUCGCUUUUCCUCACGAAGAUACGGUGGCCAAGCUGGCCUCCACCCACGGGCACGUUGACAUCCUGCAGCUGUGGCAUGGAUUGAAAGGGUCCAAGAUGAUCUUCGACAACCAAGUCCUCGUCGGCGCCACCAAGUCCGGAUACGUGAAUGUGUUGGAGUGGUGGAAGCGAAGCGGGCUGAAGGUGGAGUUCAAGACGUGCGAUGUGGAAGAGGCGCUGGAAGACGGCGAUGAAGGGCAGAGAGGUAUGGAGGUGAAGAAGUGGUGGGCCAUGAACGGGCUGAAUCUCGGCGUGGGCACGAGCGAAUGGAUGAAGACGAAGAUUCUCAAUUCCUGAUGUGCGUUCUGAGCGUUGCCCAAUGGUUGCAUGUUUGGCGCUUGGGUAUGGAGACGGCCGACUUAAGCAUGCUCAGUGGCGGCGUUUGAGAGCCUAGAAUGUUUUACGUAGCGACUACUAGAAGACAAUGAAGGGGAUCGUUCCUGAGACGAGA